AUGUAUGCCAAUUUACAGGUCAACAAGAGUAGCUGUGGAGACGUAUCUAACAGUACACCUGGGCUCAAACCAAUUGAUAUAGGCACCAGCUUAUCCAAUCCUCAAAUCAAUUAUGCUCAGGACAAUCCAGUGGAAAAGGGACAUCCUAGUGGUGCUCUCCUCAGUGUGCCCACUGGACUUCGAGUUGGCCCAUCGAGCAUUCCGGAAGCUGGGCUUGAAUUAUUUAGUGAAGCAUCUGAUCUGCCUUUGGGGUUGCACUUUGGUCCUUUUGAGGGCAAGAUCACAGAAGUGGAAGAGGAAGCUGACAGUGGGUACAGCUGGCAGAUAGCCAAGGGCAGGAAUAGCUAUGAGUACGUGGAUGGAAAGGAUACUUCUUUGGCCAAUGGGAUGAGGUAUGUGAACUGUGCCCGCAAUGAUGAGGAGCAGAAUUUGGUGGCCUUCCAGUACCACAGGCAGAUAUUUUACCGCACCUGCCAGGUCAUCACACCAGGCUGUGAGCUGCUAAUAUGGUAUGGGGAUGAGUAUGGCCAGAAGCUGGGU